UCCUCAAAAAAUGCCGUUAGUAGAUAUCUACUCUUAACGGUUCCAUCCCAAACCAUUCCCCCUGCAAAAUGUCCCUCCACCGCCUUCGUUUUCUCUCGCCACCGUUUCCUCCGCCACUUUUUCACCUCCGCUCCGCACAAAAAGAUAAACCCAAAUUUCUUCACAUCAAUUCACGUUGGAGACCUCCCUUUAUAUCCUCACUCAAACCCACAAAUUCAAUCAAACUCCCCUUAAACGCCCAAACCAGCCAAACCCCACUUUCCAAAGCCCUUGAAACCCUCGCCAAACUCAAACCUUUCCUCCAAACUAAUCACCAACCCAUCCUCCUUGGCUGGCUGUGCAGCUCCAUCUCAGUUUUCUCCCUUUCCCAAAUUAUCCCCAGAAUUGGAUCCUUCUCUUCUAACUUAAUCAACAUCGUUUCCAUCUCCAAAUUGCGUGACCAGUGCCUUCUUCUAGGGGUUUUUGUCUUGGUCAAGUUGGUUGCUUGUUACUGGCAACAAGCCUUCUUGUGGGAAGCUUCGCUAAGGACAGUUUGUCAGAUGAGAGUUUUCGUUUUCGAGACAGUUUUGGAGAAAGAGUUGGGUUUUUUUGAAGGUAGCGAUGGGGUUUCUUCUGGAGAUAUUGCUUAUCGGAUUACAGCUGAGGCUUCUGAUGUUGCUGAUACUCUUUUCGCUCUCCUCAAUACUAUAGUGCCCAACAUGUUGCAAUUAUUUGCGAUGGCGACACAGAUGUUGGUUAUCAGUCCCUCCCUAUCCUUGAUUUCAGCAAUUAUGAUUCCAUUUAUGGCUCUAGUUAUAGCUUAUCUUGGUGAAAAACUUCGCAAGAUAUCUAAGAGAGCUCAUCUGAGUAUCGCCACUCUUGCAGCUUAUCUGAAUGAGGUCCUCCCAGCCAUUUUCUUUGUGAAAGCAAAUAAUGGAGAGUUGUCCGAGCAUGCCAGAUUUCAACGGCUUGCUUAUACAGAUUUUUCUCAACAUUUAGCAAAGAAGAAAAUGAAGGCACUAAUCCCCCAGAUCAUACAAAUUAUUUAUUUUGGAGUUUUAUGCGUACUUUGUGUUGGAUCCCUGGUCAUUUCACGUGGUUUUUUUGAUGGUUGUAGCAUGGUUUCUUUUGUGACAUCACUGGUUUUCUUGGUUGAGCCCAUCCAGGGUGUGGGUAAAGCAUACAACGAGUUUAAGCAAGGAGAACCAGCCAUUGAACGCUUGUUUGAUUUGACCAAGAUGAAGUCCAAGGUCAUUGAGAAACCAGAUGCAAUCGAUUUAGGCCAUGUCAAGGGGGAGGUGAAAUUCUGUGAUGUCUCAUUUAAAUAUGCUGACAACAUGCCACUUGUUUUGGAUGGGUUGAACCUUACUGUAAGGGCUGGGGAGACAAUAGCUCUUGUUGGACCAUCUGGUGGAGGGAAAACAACCCUUGUAAAAUUGCUUCUUCGCCUAUAUGAACCUUCAUCAGGAUCCAUACUUAUUGAUAAUCACAACAUAAAGAACAUCGGACUGGAAAGUUUGAGAAGACAUGUUGGUCUUGUUUCUCAAGAUACAAUGCUUUUACCUGGGACAGUUGCUGAAAACAUUGGAUAUAGGGAUCUAAUGUCAAACAUUGACAUGGAGAAAGUUGAGCUUGCAGCUCAAAUUGCAAAUGCAGAUGAAUUUAUCAGAACACUUCCAGAAGGAUACCGAAGCCAAAUUGGACCAAGGGGCUCACUUUUAAGUGGAGGUCAGAAGCAAAGACUAGCAAUUGCAAGGGCAGUCUAUCAGAAAUCAUCUAUUUUGGUUUUGGAUGAAGCAACUUCUGCCCUAGACAGUAAGUCUGAGUUAUUGGUGAGGCAAGCUGUUGAGCGCUUGAUGGAAAAUUAUACAGUGCUGGUCAUAGCCCAUCGUUUGGAAACAAUUUUAAUGGCUGAUCGGAUAUUCCUUCUACAAAAUGGGAAGUUAGAGGAGUUAAGCCGGUCAACUUUUUUAGCUGGUCACCAUGACUCACUACUGUCUGCUGGUGCUGCGAUUUGAGCUCAUUCAAAAAACAUGAUAUGUAUGUUGAUUUUGUUUCGCUGUUACACGAGUUUCUGCAAUUGCAUGUUGGGUUUCACGUUC